ACCUGUCCUGAAGACCUUGUGGCACGUUUUACUUCUCCUGCUCACUUUGCCUCUCCUGCAUCUCAGGACGGGCAUCUAGUAUUUCCAAUUCCACAAUGGAGCCACUCUCCAAAGAGAAUGAGGCGGAAAGCCCCAGAUUUUAUCACCUGGAUCUUUACGACUCAAUGGAAGAUUUUGAAAUCUUUUCAGAAGAACCCUUUCGAAGGCGAGAUCUGGCUGUUGAAGAACAUAGGGAGGCCCAGAGCUCAGAGAAACCAACAAUCCCUAGUGUGGAUUCUAAGGAGCAAGACGCAGACAAUGCAGGAGCUGAAAAGGAUAGCGAGACCAGAAACGUUAGCACUGGUUACGACACAGAAAACAAACAGCCCUUCGAAGACACAGAUACGUACUGUAUUACGUGCUGUGUUCCAAUCAGAGCCCUUGACCAACGGUGUAGAGAACAUGAUGAGCAUGAAGUCAUUCCUCUGGCCAGUGUGGUUGAAAUCGCAAAAGAUGAGUUUCAGAAAAACAUAUGUAAAUUGGAAGAUCAGAUCACUCACCUGGAGAGUUUCUCUAGCCACUUGGAGGAAAUUUUUAUCACUGUAGAGGAGGAUUUUGCCAGGCAGGAGCAGAACUUUGAGAGGUGUUACAAUGACGUGAUGCAGACGUUGGAGCAAAGGUAUGAAGAAAACAUGCAGGCUUUGGGAGAAGAAAAGAAAGAGAAACUGGAAGCCUUGUAUGAGCAAUUAGUCAACUGCGGAGAAAACCUGGACACCUGUAAAGAGCUGACAGAAACCAUUGAGGAUCUCAGUCAGCGUGAAAAUAAAGUGGAUGUGAUAAAGACUGCAGUAGCUACAACCCACAGAUUGGACAAAUUCUUGAAAAAGGAUGUGGAUGUAGACCUCUCAACACCAGCAGACUUUGAAGCCAGAGUCUUAGAUUUCUCUGAUGUUCAAAAACUAAUGGACUCUGUUACUGCUCUCCCAGUUCCUUCGCCUCCUUGUGCGCCAGUGAUGAACUCCCAGGAUCCCAAUUCGGCUACUGGUACAUCUGUGAGAGUAUGCUGGAGCUUCUUUUCAGAAGAUAUCGUCGAAAGCUACCAGCUGUACUACAAACGAGUAAACAAUGAUACAUCGAAGGAGGAGCAAGCUGAGUUUGUGCUAAACGUGAAAGAGACUUACUGCACCGUUACGAACCUCGUGCCGAAUGCACAGUACGAAUUUUGGGUGAAAGCGCUAAACAGAACUGGGGUCGGUUCAGCGAGUGAAAUAGCUGUUUACAUGACAGCUCCUUUGCCACCCGUUAUCAAAAGUAAGGACAUCCAAAGCUGUGAACACGCCGCGCUGGUGCGCUGGGAAUGUGGGAACACGAACCCUGUUGACUCCUAUACUGCUGAAUUGUCCAAGCUGACAGAUGGGGGCGAUGGGGACAUUAUUACAGAGUCCAUCGUAGGAAUCCCAAACUGUGAGACUCUGAUUCAGCUGGAGCCAAGACACAAUUACCUCGUCUCUGUGAGAGCCAUCAACAUGGGGGGCUCUAGUGAAAAGAGUGAACCCGUCUCCAUCCUUAGCACAGGCACUUCCUUUACUUUGAAUGAGGAAACAGCCCACCCCUCGCUGUCAGUCCUGGAAGAUGGAUUGACCAUUGAGUGCCGUAAAACGGAGAGUCCAAGAAGCGAUCUGCCUUUCAGUGGAAAUAAUUUUACAAGAUCCAUUGCCAUAAUGGGAUACCCGAUACCAUUCCGAGGAAAACAUUAUUGGGAGGUGGACGUCGACGAAAAUACUGAAUACCGGGUUGGUGUGGCUUUUGAAAAUGUGACCAGAGACAGCUAUUUGGGUGCAAGCCACUCCUCCUGGUGUAUGAGGCACACUGCCAGCCCUUCCAGACAUACCUACGAAUUCCUGAAUGACGGGAUGACACCAGACAUCAGGAUUACUGUCGCUCCCCAGAGAAUUGGCCUUCUACUGGACUACAACAAAGGGGCACUGUCGUUUUUUAAUGCCGAUACCAUGCAACACCUGUAUACGUUCCACAGCUGCUUCCAGGAUUUUGUGUGUCCCUGUUUUGCCCUAGAAGAACCCAGCAGGCUCAGGAUUCGAAAUGGCAUCAAGAUGCCCCCAGGUGCCAUUUUGUGAUCAAGGGUAGCCGCUUUUCAUCAGACCUGACGUAUGCAUAACUCUAGUAAAUCUUCAGCUGACUGUCACAACAAUGUCAUCUCUUUUAAUCUGCUUUAUUACUUAUAUUUAUUAUUUACACACACACACACUUCUUUUUAAAUAAAAUAAUUCAAGCAGGCUUACGAACAAAAUUUAAAAUGAAGCUAAGGUGGUAUUUGGAA